AGACUUACGCAAUUCACGCAUUUUACGGGUAGGAAGAAAGAAGGAACUCCCCCUUGCUCCACGAGCGUUAAGUCCGGCAGAGGAACAAAUAAGGUGGGCCGCGAGAACGUCGUAGCAACAACGCUGAUCUGAGUAACCAUGAGAAGUGUGUGCUUCUUCUUGGCUGCUCUCUUCAUACCAUGGGGUUUGUCUUUGGCAAAGUUUGAUGAAUUUGAUGAUGGAGAUGACAUGGUUGAAUAUGAUGAUAAUGACUUUGCUGAGUUUGAAGAUGUGAUUGAAGAUCCUGUCACAGAAUCUCCACAGAGAAUGGUUAUACCAGAGGAUGAGGAGGAGGAAGCCACUGUUGAGCUUGAAGGGCAAGAUGAAAGUCUUGAUUUUGAGGAUGCUGAUGCACAGGAAAGUGAUACAGAGAGUGAGCCGUAUGAUGAUGAAGAAUUUGAAGGUUAUGAAGAGAAAUCUGAUGCAUCUCCUGGCAAAAAUAAAGAUCCUAUAACCAUUGUUGAUGUCCCUGCACAUCUCCAAAAUAGUUGGGAGAGUUACUACAUGGAAAUCUUAAUGGUGACAGGUCUGCUUGCUUACAUCAUGAACUACAUCAUUGGGAAGAAUAAGAACAAUCGUCUGGCUCAGGCCUGGUUCAAUAGUCACCGAGAGCUGCUUGAAAGUAACUUUGCCCUAGUUGGGGAUGAUGGCACAAAUAAAGAAGCCACAAGUACAGGCAAGCUGAACCAAGAGAAUGAACAUGUUUAUAACCUUUGGUGCUCUGGAAGGGUGUGUUGUGAAGGAAUGCUUAUUCAGCUUAAGUUUCUCAAGAGACAAGACUUACUGAAUGUCCUUGCUCGUAUGAUGAGGCCAGCCUGUGAUCAAGUGCAAAUAAAAGUGACUAUGAAUGAUGAUGACAUGGACACCUACGUAUUUGCUGUUGGGACAAGAAAAGCCUUGGUCCGGCUUCAGAAGGAAAUGCAGGACCUGAGUGAGUUCUGCAGUGAUAAACCCAAGACUGGAGCAAAGUACGGGCUUCCAGAAUCAUUGGCUAUCCUAUCAGAGAUGGGUGAGGUCACAGAAGGAAUGAUGGAUACUAAGAUGAUCCAUUUCCUCACACACUAUGCUGACAAGAUAGAGUCCGUCCAUUUUUCUGACCAGUUUUCUGGUCCAAAACUUAUGCAAGAGGAGGGUCAGCCUUUGAAACUGCCUGAAACGAAAAAGACACUGUUGUUUACUUUUAAUGUGCCUGGAGCAGGAAACACCUCCCCAAAAGACAUGGAAGCGCUGCUGCCUCUGAUGAACAUGGUUAUUUACUCCAUUGAUAAAGCAAAGAAGUUCCGCCUAAAUAGAGAAGGCAAACAAAAAGCAGAUAAGAAUAGGGCACGAGUAGAAGAAAAUUUUCUGAAAUUGACUCAUGUACAAAGACAAGAGGCUGCUCAGUCUCGCCGGGAAGAGAAGAAACGGGCAGAGAAAGAGAGGAUAAUGAAUGAGGAAGACCCAGAGAAGCAGCGCCGUCUGGAGGAGGCUGCUUUGAGGCGUGAACAGAAGAAACUCGAGAAGAAGCAAAUGAAAAUGAAACAAAUCAAAGUGAAGGCUAUGUGAGAAACCAAGCUGCAAGAAAACUUCCUUGGUGCCAAGCAUAGAAUUGUGAUUUGCUGCCUACAAUGAGCUAAUUAUAUUCCUGACCUUAAUCAUUGCCCAUUAAGAACCACUUUUGACACUAACCUUUGUUGCUGAUGGGAUUAUGUGUGAACUGUUUCUGUGGAUGUGUACAUGUGGUAAGGUUGUUAGAACAUCAAGGAAAUCUUCUUGGCUUAAUCACAAGGUUGUUCUUGGAAAGAUUACUAGGGUAAUCAGUUCUGAGGUAACUUUUCACAUAAAUGAAUGCAAUGGAUCGCUUCAAAAAUGAUCCCAUCAGCACCAAAGUUACACUUUAGCCAGCAACAAGAGAAAGAUGCUUUGCAUCAGCACUCCCAACAGGUGGGUUGCAAUCCUGAAACCACUUUAGUCUCCUUUGUACAGUGGGACUGCUAAUAAAUAUUUUCAGGGUUGCAUUCACUAUCUUCAUUAUGUAACAUGCAAAUGUGUAUAUAGAAAGCUUUGCAAUCGUCUUCCAUGUUGUUGGAUCAGUUUGCUAUUGUAGAAAUUUGCAAUACUCUUCGGCAUCUUUUGGCUUCUGUUGUUGUUUUUUUAAAAGUAUAACUCCCUAGAAUGUGCCAGCAAUGCAUAAGCACUUUGAUUCUAUUUUGGGGAUGUGGAUAAAAUCAAUCAUAUUGGCCAAAAAUUAAAACAAUUAAACCCUCCCAGUAGGAAUAUGCCUCCUUUCAUAAUUGGUAAAACCAGCACAGUUAAGACUUCAAACAAUCAAACACAAAAUAUGUAUGCUGUGAAUUGUUUAAAUUUUACAUUAAUCAUUUAUGAGGGGGGAAGUUUCACAAUUCUUGCAACAGAAGGGUAAUAAAACAGUGUUAUUUAAAAUCUUUAAAGAGUUUUUCAAAUCACUUGUCCCAGAAUUAUUCCAGCACAAUGGACUGGAAAUUAGUCUGUGGGCUACUGAUAGCAAAGCAUAUGGUAAUCCAGCAUGUGGAUAAGCAUUUCUGUUAGAUCUUCACAGGAUCUGAACCUGCAAACCUGUAUAUGAUGAUGCUGAUAUGUAAAUGAGCAGUUGGAAAAAUGGCAGGUGCCUGCUGAUGGAUUAAAAAAAAUACCGCUGCUUUAGGUUAAGGUAAACCCUAUCUGUUAGGUUGUCCUGACACAGAAUCUCAACACUUGUGUGUAUGCAGGGUGCUGCAUAAAGAUCACUGUAGGAUCAAACAUGUUAUUCCUCAUGCAUCCCUCCUUUGCUGAAAGUCAUCUUAUUAUUCCCCACACAGCUGGCUUGUGUGUACCUGAUGUUUGCUCCUAGAUUUGCAGUGCUCCCUUCCCCAUAUAGUUGGUGUUGCUGAUUCCGGGUGGCUGCAUGUGUUGUGUUUCUUUUCUUUCUCAAUCAGAUGACUAUGUGUUUUAGCAGCUUUCUCUAAAUUUCAAUGUGUUCCCUUAAUUGUGUCAUCUUCCUCCAGUAUUUCUAUCUUUUAAUUUUUAUAUGUUUCUGUGGCUGCUGACUAUGUAACACUUGAGAAGGAGCUAGAAUCUAAAAUAGCUAUGGACUUAUUCCCCCAGCAAGGUAGAAGAAUUUUUAGAAGAGUGUAUCUUUUUGUAUCUGUUUAAAGUUAUUUACUAAGCAGUUUGCAUGUGCUGUGGAAACUGGGAACUGGAACUUCUCCCACUUUGCAGUCUUUGAGAAUUGCUGCAUUUUAUAAAUGCUCAUCUAGAUGACAUGUGAUCAUUUGUGUAUAAUGGAUACUUCCUGUAGUGGGUUUAAUGAUAAGAAACUUGAGGGCUAAAUUUCUUUCUUAACAUAUUUUCUUGAUGCUUUUACCUGCAGAUAUCUCAGAUGCAAUAAUAUUAAGCUGCUCUUUAAAAUAGCAUGUGCUAAAACCUAUUUGUCAGAGCAUGCAAAUACAAAGGUUCUUUCCGAAUGCAAAAACCUGCAACCUGAAUAGAAUUUGAAUUUAGUAAUUUUUAUAUAACUGUCAUUUAUGGUACUUUACAGCAGAAAUGGCAAUCCUAUAUGGGAUUCAAACUAUUUUGUCACUAGAUGUAGAAAGUAAAAUUGAAUAAAGUAUUGUUUCACAAUGGUCUUCUUUUAAAGGAAA